GUGAUUUGACAUGUUAAACUCUCUUAUUUUUGAAAAUGGAGUCUUCGAAGUGGAAUAUGAAGAUUUUGGAUUAAGCUUGGUUUCGUAACGCCCUUAUGGGUGUUUAUUCUCUAAAAUGCAGCUGUCUUUCAAAGUGCCCGUUGCAAAUGGCAAGUCAUGAUACAACGAUGGUACCGGUACACGUUUAUAUCAUUAGUAGUCCUGUCUUGCCACCAACGCGUUCAAUAGAUGGAGACGGGAGAGGCGAAGGCUAUUUUUGUGUUGUUAUUGCUGGUUUAGGGAUCGGUUUGUGAAGAAGAG